CAAUAGACACAUCUACUAUAUACUGUACAUGUAAGAGUCAAUCUCAGACUGACAGAUCGAGGGACAGAGAAAGACAACUUUUGACGAUAGCCAUUUAGAUUAGUAAGGCUUCCGGAUAGACUGCAUAGUUACAAAACCAGUCUUUUAAAUGCAUGAAGGGAGAAAGUGAUUACUAUCCUUUUAAAUAAAACACAAUAUGGCAUUUCAACUGCAUUUUGCACUUUUCCUGGUAUUAUUGGUGGUCUUCAGUACACCAUUCAGGGCUGCAGAAUUAGAGAGGGAAAAUGAGAGUCCAGAAAGUUUGACUAAACAAGCCACUGAGAGCACUGAUACCAACGGUACCUCCGGGGAGACUGCAACAAUCUCAACAUUACCUGUUGUCGUCUGGAAAUGGCAUCAUGUAGAAACUCCAUACCUGGUGGCUCUCUGGAUAUUGACGUGUUGGCUCUGUAAAUUAGUAUGUGAGCUCAACCACAAAAUCACCGCUGUGAUCCCAGAGAGUGGUCUGCUCAUCAUCAUGGGAUUUAUUUUGGGUGGAAUCGUCUGGGGAGCGGACAAAGCGCAGACCUUCAAAUUGGCACCUGUUAACUUCUUCUACUACUUGUUGCCCCAGAUCAUCUUAGAUGCAAGUUAUUGCAUGCCAAACAAACUAUUCUUUAGCAACCUGGGUGCCAUUCUUAUCCAUGCCAUUAUUGGAACAUGCUGGAAUGCUGGCGCAGUGGGUGUCGCACUUUGGGCCUGCUAUAAAUGGGGCGCAAUGGGUAACUUAAACAUUGGUCUACUGCAGUUCUUGUUGUUUGGUGCUCUGAUGUCAGCUGUGGACCCCGUGGCUGUGAUCGCAGUGUUUGAGGAAGUGCAUGUGAACGAGGUGCUCUACAUCCUAGUGUUCGGAGAGUCAUUGCUUAAUGAUGGAGUCACAGUGGUGCUUUAUAAUGUGUUUGAUGCAUUUGUGUCUCUGGGAGGCCCAAAGAUUAAUGCCGUAGAGAUCAUCAAAGGCAUAAUUUCAUUCUUUGUGGUGGCAUUUGGAGGCUCAUUUCUUGGGGUUGUUUUUGCCAUUCUGACAUCCAUGCUGACCAGGAUCACCAAGAAAGUCCAGAUCAUUGAAGCUGGCUUCAUCUUUGUUAUUGGCUACCUGUCUUACCUGACUGCUGAGAUGCUCUCGCUCUCUGCAAUACUUUCGAUCACUUUCUACGGUGUCUGCUGUCAAAAGUAUAUCAAUGCCAACAUGGAUGAAAAAUCGGUAACAACGUUACGUUAUGUUCUGAAGGUGAUGGCUAACGGCUCUGAGACCAUGAUCUUUGUUUUCUUGGGAGUUUCGGCCAUUGAUAGAAACAUCUGGGUUUGGAACACUGGCUUCAUCCUCCUUACCAUCCUCUUCAUCAUUGUGUGUAGGUUCAUGGGUGUUUUCUUUCUCAACUGGAUCUUAAACCAGUCUAGACUGGUUCCCAUUGACAUCACAGACCAGAUUGUAAUGAGCUAUGGUGGCCUGCGAGGAGCAGUGGCAUAUGGAUUGGCAGCUAUUUUAGAUGAGAAAAAGAUCCCAGAGAAGAAUCUAAUGCUUGGUACCACACUCAUCGUGGUGUAUUUCACUGUCAUUCUCCAGGGAAUCUCCAUGAAACCACUGGUUCAAUGGCUGAAAGUUAAAAGGUCAACUCCAUCAGAUCUGACACUCAAUGGAAAAAUGAACAACAGGGUAUUUGAGCACAUAAUGACAGCAAUGGAAGACAUCUGUGGCUGUAUGGGAGAUAACUGGUGGACCAGACAUUGGAAUAAUUUUGAGGACAAGUAUAUCUGCUGGUGGCUAAUGAAGAGUGAUGCCAGAAAGCACAAAGACCAAAUUUUUGGUGUCUUCCACAAACUGAAUCUGGAGGAUGCCACAAAAUAUGUCAAUCAGGGUGAACGCAAAGGUUCUUUGGCAUUUAUUCGUAAUGAUGACACAGCCAAUGUUGACUUCAAGAAGAAGCUUGCUUUAGAGUAUGGAGACAUCAUCCCCGAUAUCAUGGCUGACAUGUCAGAUUACGACUUUGGCAUUGAAAACGUUCCAGUGAACAUAAAGAACCCGGUUCCAUCGGUUUCCCUCGACAUCCAUGAGCAAGACAAGAAGAGCAUGAAUAAUGACCUCAACGCUCAUCAUCUACUAGCUCAGCACCUAUACAGGAGCAGAAGAUAUAACCGUCCCACUUACAGCCGUAGUCACUGUAACGCCACCGAGAAUCCAGAUGAAGUGCAGGAGAUCUUUCAAAGGACUAUGAGAAACCGCCUUGAGUCCUUCAAAUCUGCUAAGAGGGGUGUCAACCCGGCCAAGAAAAUCUCCAAAUAUUCCAAGAAGGAACAGAAGCCAAAUGGAAAGCCAGCGGACCCAAACAGAACCCAUCCAUAUGGAGAUGAAGAUUUUGAGUUUUCUGGAGACUCUAGUAGCGAGACUGCUGCCAAUUUCCCCAUAAGAAACACAAACACACCUGGAGCUGCAACUGGUGUAGAGAAUCCAGCAUUCAUACCAGACAUAGACACCGCUCCUCCCAUGCAUAACCCACCAUGGCAAACAGGGGCAGGGACCAACAUGACUGUGGCACCCUCCCAGAGGGCACAGGGACGACUGCCCUGGACACCUACCAACCUUAGACGUCUAGCACCACUGAGAAUGAGUAACCGCUCUACAGAUUCCUUUAUGAUGGCAGAUGCUUCUGUUGAUCAGGAGGUGCCUGAAGAAAACCAUACAAGGAAUACCAGAUUGUAAUCCAAUAUUUUCCAAUCCUCCAAUGUUAACUUGGCAAGCAUCUGAUUAGGUUAAUCAAGUCACACUGAGACUAUAUGUUUCAUUUUACGCUGUUUUAUUAUGUCAUGAGCCCAUAGAUUAUGGAACGAUUUCCCUUACGAAAAAGUAGUCUGGCACUAUGGUACAAUGAUGGUACAAAUAGUACUUCCAUGGUACUUUAAUAUAUACCAUGGUUCAGAAAUGCAUUAAACAUUGUAUUUACAUAGUACUUCCUAUGUACUACCACGGUACAUGUCCAAAAAUCCAUGGCAAUACUAUGGUACUUGUUUGUAAGAACUGGAUUUGAAUCAUAGUGUUCAUGACAACUUCUUGACAAAACAAAGAUUUUCAUGGGUAAAUGUUGCAUAUUCAUGUUUUUUUCUUCAUCCUCAAGAUUUUAGGUUAAAAUGUAUUUUAAUGUAUAAGUUAAACUGUGAAUUUUCACCAUUUUCUAAACUUUUUGGUUUCACUGGUUCAUGUUAAAAAGUUCUGCGAUGUGACGCAUGAAAUUACAAAGAACAAAAAUUCCAUGAGGUCUCAGAUUUAAUAAAAGGUCAUAAAAAAAUGCAUGCAUGCAUAAUAACUAAAUAAAUUGCAAAAAUAUAACAUAACAUAAUGCUGUUUAAAACAGUUUUAGAUGUAACAGGCUACAGAAUGUCACACCGCUGGACAUACAAAUUUCCCAAAAGUAUUUUAUGUCUAUAUAAACUAUAAACUAAUAUAUGUAAACAGAGCAAUAACAAAAACAGGUGACUUGAAGUUAUAAUUCUGUGAUUAUGUUCUCUGAAAUAUUUUGCCAACAAAAAUUGAAAGGAAAAAGAAUAAAAUACAAAUGCAAGAUGUAACAAUUAAAGUACUUAUGUUAGUUAGUGGGUAUGGAUAAUAUACAGACAGCAAUCUUCUCUAUGAAAGUCCACCUAGUGGUGAAUGCUGUAAUGACACUUUACCAUAAUGAAGAUGGAAAUGAACCAUUCUUACAUGCAGCUCUAAAGACAAAGCAGUGCAUUCAGGGAAGCAUUAUACUGCUAGACAUGUUUUGUCUUUACUGAGUGCCAAUCAGAACUGAGAAAAUAUUGUCUAUUAGUUUUUAGUCUAUUCAUUUUUGACCUUGGAAAAGUUGGUCACACAAUUUUAAGUCAGCAUGUGGUUAUUUAUAAUUGCAUGGUCUAUCUAUGUGGGUGCUCAUUUAUGGUUUGUCUAGAUGUAUUCUAAAUUUCUGUUAUCUCUUCAUUUGCUUUUUUAGUUUUACUCAAAGCUAUAAAUGUGUUAUUUGCACAAUGAAGGACUUUCAAAUGUAAUUUGAAAUAAUAUUUUAAAAGUAUACAUUUCAUACUUUCAGAACUAAAGCUUUGUUAAAAAAUCACUUAAUAGUCUGAUUAAUAUUGUUUUUGAACUCAAAUCUUGUUUGAAGAGUUUGAGUUAUAAACGUUUCAAUAAUUUUUCUGUACCAAAUAAAAACUGUCCAG